AUGGCAGCUAGUUCCGGUCUGGUAUUGGUAACUGGAGCUUCAGGAUUCAUAGCUUCUCAUAUUGUUAAACUUCUCCAAUCACAGGGCCAUAAAGUACGAGGUACAGUUCGUAGUCUGGCUAAUGAGGACAAGGUAAAGCCGCUAUAUUCUCUGUGCUCUGAUGCUAAACACAAGUUAGAGCUCGUAGAAGCUAAUUUGAAUUCUCUUGAAUCUUGGGACGCUGCUGUCAAGGAUUGUGAAUAUGUCAUUCAUGUCGCCAGUCCCUUUCCAAGCACCUCUCCCCAGGAUGAAAAUGAGAUAAUUCGGCCAGCUGUAGAAGGAACAACCAAUGUUUUUAAAGCAUGUGCUAAAGCCAAGUCUGUUAAACGUAUCGUGUUGACAAGUUCCUGUGCUGCCAUAGCUUGGGAACAAUGUCCAGGUUACAACGAGAGAGUUCGAACAGAGAAAGACUGGAGCGACACUACGAAAAUCGACGCCUAUUCCAAGAGUAAAACAUUGGCUGAACGUGCUGCUUGGGAUUUUAUUAAAGAAUUACCAGCCGAAGAAAAGAUCGAGCUAGCAGUUAUCAAUCCUGCGUUUGUAAUGGGCCCAGUUCUACACGGAUCUACAGGAACUAGCCAAGAAGUAGUUAAAAGGUUACUAGAAAAAGCAAUGCCGGCCAUACCGAAAAUUAACUUUCCAGUUGUGGAUGUCCGAGAUGUGGCCAUAGCUCACGUUAAAGCAAUGACAUUGCCAGAAGCUGCUGGUAAUCGCCAUAUUUUAGCCACUGAUAACAUGUAUUUUAGUGACAUGGCGCACGUUUUGAAGAAGGAAUUUGAACCACAAGGGUAUAACAUUCCAACAAUGGUCGCACCAUAUUUUGUUUUGUGGCUUUCGAGUAUUUUUGAUAAAACCGUCAAAAUGAUUCUACCACAAAUCGGCCUAGUGUACAAGUUCGACAACUCUCGUAUGAAGAAUGUUUUGGGUAUAGUGCCACACACCACCACUGACACCCUAGUUGAUAUGGCCUACACCAUGAUUGAACGUGGCUUUGUUUUUAAAACAAAGAAAUAUCGAGGACCACCAGAACAAAAGCAGGGUUAA